AUGGCAAUUACAUUGGCGAAAGGUCAAGGACUCAGCCUUGAAAAAUCUAAACAUGAUUUAGAACGAGUGACGAUUGGACUCGGUUGGGAUAUCACUGAGCAAAAGAAAGGCUUUUUAGGCGGAUUAUUUUCAGGUGCAAAGAGCGAAGAACACGAUCUAGAUGUGGUGGCAUUUUUAUGUGAUGCCAGUGGAAAAGUAAAAGAUCUGGGCUGGAAUGCCGCAGGUCAAGCCACACUCGAAAAUAGUGAUGUUAUCUUUUUUAAUAAUUUAAAGCAUCGUUCAGGGCAAAUCUGGCUGACUGGAGAUAACCGUACGGGUGCUGGUGACGGGGAUGAUGAGCAAAUUAUUGUCAAAUUAAAUAGCUUGGCAGCUGAAUAUCACAAGAUUGUUUUUAUUGUGCAAAUUUAUAAUGGUGCAAAAAAUAAUCAGCAUUUUGGUCAGGUGAAAAAUGCCUUUAUUCGUGCUAUCGAUGGUACUGGUAAAGAAAUGGUAUCGGUCAAUAUGAUCAACAACGUUCAUUAUUAUUUGCUGAACUGGUCAGAGAAAAUAGUGGUUGGAAAUUUAAUGCGGUUGCGCAACAGUGUAUUGCGACCGCACAUUUAG